GCUCAACAUCAGCAGCAAUGAAGAAUAAAGGAUUCAGACUGUAUGUAACAAACUACAUACACAACUACGAAGAUUGUUCUGAGGGAUUCAAAGCCUGUGACGAUGGAAAGCUGUUCGUGUACGUGUGUGGCUGGCACUGCCCUGUGCAACCACGUGGCAGCUCUAAUGUAUCAAACAGCGCACUAUUCACAGCUGGAGCUCAAGGCCGUUCCACCAGUGCACAGCUGCACAGAGACAGAGCAGAGGUGGCACAAACCACGAACCAUGGGUGUUAAACCUGGUCCGGUGAGUAAGAUGGUGGUCCUCUCAGCCCGACCAAAAGAAAGAAGGCUUGUAGAAGGAAUCAGAAGCAACCUGUAUAGGGGAGUAACUUCCCCUUUGCCUGUACCAGCCACACUUAAUGUCGGAGCAGUGUACCAGGACAUUCCAGCUGAUCUGGCUCCCAUGAUAACAACGAUGUCGAUAUCAAAGGAUGUACCUCUGGUUGACUCCAUGUUCGGGAGAGUUCAGGAGGGAAGUGUGCUGUCAUAUCAGAUGCCCGCAAAGGUAGUGCCCCGCACCUUUCCACAUGAAGAUGCUCCUUCACCCCCACAGCUGCCACUCAGUGAUUACAGACUUCAGCCAUCAAACUGUGCUUUUGUCUACACUGAACAGCAACAUCAUCACAUGGCAUCCCUAGAAACAUCACUAGAGAUGGCACACAAAAUAGAAGUCUCUACUAAAAAAUAGAGUACCUGUACUGAGUGGCACCAACUUCGACACCCCCGCAUCACCUCGACCAGAUUUAGAGAGGUCUGUCACACAAAAGCACUAACAUCUGCUGAAAAUCUGGCCAAACGGCUUCUCAGACCUUGCCAUCAGACAGCUGACAUGAGGAGGGGGCUUGAAAUGGAAUGUACAGCGAUAGAGGAAUACUGUAGAGUAAGAGAAGUUAACCACUAUCAGUGCGGGUUUCUUAUUCAUCCUGAUGCCCCAUGGAUGGGCUCGUCCCCUGAUGGGAUAGUCUAUGACCCCAAGAGCCAGCCUGUCUUUGGACUGGUUGAAGUUAAGUGUCCAAACGUUCCAAGCUAUGUGGACUGUCCAUACAUUGCACUCUCUGAUGGAACACCAUCUUUAAGGAAAACCCAUCCUUACUUCUGGCAGAUACAGGGCCAGAUGCUGAUUUCUGGAUGUGAGUGGUGUGAUUUUGUUGUUUACACACAGGAAGACAUGUUCGUGGAAAGGAUUCCCCGUGACAAUGAAAUCACAGACAUCAUCAGAGAGAGGGUUGAUCACUUUUUUUUCUAUGUUUUUCUUAGCACUUUCUUGUGUAGCAAAGAGUGAGAUGUUAUGUUUUUUAUGUUUUUUUUUUUUUAUUAUUAUUUAAUGUCCACAUUUAAAGAAACACAUGAACAUGAGUUUAAUAAAAUGGCUGACUAAUAAAACUAGUAGAAUUG